GUGGCAGUGCUCAGCAGACAGCGUUGCCCAACGUUGGCAACACACACAGUGUGUUUGUUAUUCAAAAAGCCGACUUUUCUGCCUGUAACAUGUAUGCGGUUGCAGUUCAACUGCUCAAAUGCCCGGCCGCAAGGAGUCGAGUGGCUAAACGUCUCGUCAGCCAUGUGCUGGGCAUCGAAACAUCCUGCGAUGACACAGGCAUUGCCAUAGUCGACACAGCGGGACAAGUGCACUCCAAUGUGCUAGAGUCCCAGCAAGAGUUCCACACGCGGUACGGUGGCAUAAUACCGCCACGUGCUCAGGAUCUGCAUCGGGCGCGUAUUGAUGCUGUAUGCGAGCGGUGCUUGGAGCAGGCUCAGCUAAAGCCGGAGCAGCUGAAGGCGAUUGCGGUGACCACCAGGCCGGGUCUGCCAUUGAGUUUAAUAGUGGGCUUGCGAUUUGCACGUCACUUGGCACGCAGGCAUCAGCUGCCGCUUCUGCCCGUACAUCACAUGGAGGCACAUGCGCUGCAGGCGCGCAUGGAGCAUCUGGAAGAGAUUAACUAUCCGUAUCUGUGCCUACUCAUCAGCGGUGGCCACAGCCAGCUGGCAAUGGUGAACGGUCCGGGCCGCCUGACGCUGCUCGGCGAAACACUGGACGAUGCGCCUGGCGAGGCAUUCGACAAGAUUGCGCGUCGCCUGCGGCUCUACGUGCUACCCCAGUAUCGCCUGUGGAACGGAGGACGUGCCGUCGAACAUGCUGCUCAGGCGGCACAGAAUCGCGAUGCCUUUGAGUUCCCACUUCCCCUUGCCCAGCAGCGCAACUGCAACUUUAGCUUCGCGGGCAUCAAAAACAACUCCUUUCGUGCCAUACGCCAUCGUGAGCGGGCGGAGCACACGCCGCCCGACGGCAUCAUCAGCAACUAUGCCGACUUCUGUGCGGGGCUGCUACGUGCGGUCAGUCGCCAUCUGAUGCAUCGCACACAGCGCGCUCUGGAGUACUGCCUGCAGCAGAGGCUAUUUGGCGAGACGCCGCCCACGCUUGUCGUAUCGGGGGGCGUGGCCAACAACGAUGUGAUAUACGAGAAUCUGGAGCGCCUGUCGUUGGCGUACAACUGCCGCUGCUAUCGGCCCUCGAAGCGCUACUGCUCCGAUAAUGGCGUCAUGAUUGCCUGGCACGGCAUCGAGCAGCUGCUGCAGCAUCAGAAUGCCAGUCUGCGUCGGGACAUCGACAAAAUUGACAUUGCAGGCAAUGCCGGCUUCCAUGCGUCAGCUGUCAGCGAUGUGGCCCUGGCCGCCAUCAAAUGCAAGUGGAUCAAACCACUCUAGAAACUAGCCAAACAAAAUAACUUACACCCUCCGCAAUGGCAUAAUAAGACAGAGAAAUAAGACAAUUAUAGAGCCUUGCAGGCCAAUCGUAAUACACAUCGUAAUACACGUAUUGCUUUAAGACAGCGGCCAGUUGUUCCUAAAGCAGCUAUAUAUUCAUUGAUCUGUACGCGUACUGUCUGAAAAAGUAUGGAUAUGUUUCAAAUGUCAUCCAUGUAUCUUCAAACCUAAAACUAGCAUAGGAACAGACUGACAUCAACUGCAUCGACUCGGCUAGCUCGGAUGCUGAUCAAGAAUAUGUAUACUUAUUGGGAUCUAAGAUGAUUCCUUCUCCCUUUUGUAUAUAUACAGGUAAUGGGGUUCGAAGAGGUUUUCUUCGCGAGAAGUUUAUACAAUUUAUGGAACUGCUUCUCUUU